AUGCCGUCUAAUGAGAAGCUUUUCGAAGAAGAGCCUAUAUGUUUUGCUCUAGCUCUCAAUGCGUAUUGUCACUCAUGCCUCAAGAUGGGGUCGGAUUUGAAAAAAUGCAAAGGCUGUCGAAUGUUUUAUUAUUGUUCUGCUGACUGCCAGAAGAAGGACUGGCCUCUACACAAAACCGAAUGCUCGAUGUGUAAGGUGCUUGAUGGAGUAUCAAACGAAGAGGUCCGGCUUGUGAUGCGAUUGGCGAUCAAGUGGGCCGCUGGAGAAAUGGGAGAGAUCACGGUGAGAACAUUGAACAGGAUCGUUGUUGCAGACGUGCGUUCACUAUCAACCUUGGAAGAUCAUGCUGAUGCUUUUGAAAUCAAAUCUCGUCAAAUUUUUAGGCUGGCUAGGGUGGCAUGUGUGAACAGUUUCUCGUUAACAAACAACUACAGUACGACUAUAGGCAUUGCUCUCUGCAUUAAGCUCAGCGUUAUCGACCAUUCAUGUAAGCCGAACGUGCGCUACGCCUAUCGGGGGACCACAGCCGUCAUGGUACCAACGGAUAUGUCGCAUAAGCCAAAAUCUUUGAAAGAAGCUAGGCACUCGUAUAUAAACGAUCUACUGCCACGGAAAGUGCGUCGGGAAAUCCUCAUGAAAGACUACAAUUUCCAUUGCGAGUGUGAAGGCUGUCUCGAUGAAGAGAGAAACGAGCGAAUGGAAGCCUGGCACUGCGACGAAUGCGGGGAAGGAUGGCUGAAACGCGACGAUAAGGACGCGGAAUGUGGUUGGAGCAUAUCCAUGGAUCACUUCGAGCUAUGCCGAGUAGCUGAAGAAACUGCUAGGUCUGGCAAUGAAUUUCUAGUGAAAUCGCAAAUUAAAUUACAAGAUAGAAUGGAACUAGCUGAGAAGGUAUUCUCCGUUAUUGAUGGAGCUUUGUACAGAUUCAAUGUGUUGCGUAUUCCAAGCCUUCGCGUUCUUUUCGAGAACGCUGUUGCUCAAAAGAACAUAGAGAAAAUGUUGAAAUAUGGGAAUGAUCUGCUGUCCCUACAAGGACAAUAUCAAAAUGAAGACGAUUUGGCGCUUUGUCACUUGAAAUACGGUUUGGCUCAAGCUUACAAACUAGCUGGAGAUCAAGAAAAUUGCCGGCAACUGCUCACCGGUGUGCGUGAGGCAAGUCGUUUUAUUGAACUUGCGGUCCACUGUAUCAGGCUAUUUGCAAUAUCCAUCUUGUAA